AUGAUUGCAGAAAAUCCGGAAGAACGAAGGCUGUCCAACUUCAUUCCAGGGCUGGAAGCUCAACUAUGUGCUGACCCACAGCUCCCACGACCCAACCCUACAGAAUCCUUCUGGCAACUACCGCCUCACGCAACACUAUCGGAGGCCCAGUCUGAGACACUGUCUGAAACCAUAGACAUUGCAAUCAUUGGUUCUGGUGUUACAGGAUGCAGUGUAGCCAAGAACCUUCUUGACCUCACGGCCUCUUCCUCUCAAUCAUUUUCUAUCACCGUCUUCGAAGCUCGUACACUGACAAGUGGUGCAACUGGUCGGAAUGGCGGAUUAUUAUCGAGCUUCGUCCCUGGGGACUACUCAACUCUGAGCGAGAAUUUCGGCCACGAGCAGGCCAUCAAGAUCGCAAGGUAUGCCAAUAGGACGCUCGAUAAGAUGUAUGAGCUCGGAAGAUCGUCGGAAGAAGCCAAGAAACUUAGUGAAGUCAGGAAUCUUGUAGAUGUCAUCGGCUUCGAAGAUGAGGGGUCUUUCAAUGGAGCCUUGGAAUCUUUGCGGCUCUACGAGGAACAUGUCCCCGAAGGUCGAGGCCAAGCUCGAAUCUUGAACGCUCAAGAAGUUGAAUCGGAGUACAAUAUGAGGGCUGCCGCUGGAGCGAUUGUGUGUCCGAACGGCGCCUUCUGGCCGUAUCGGCUGAUAACUCACACCUGGGAGCAACUGUGCUCUCAAUACAAAUCCCGACUCUCCAUCGAAACACGAACACCCGUAACGAAAAUCAUGUACGACGUCGACACGGAUCCCAUCCACCCGUAUGCCCUUCACACCUCACGAGGCAUGGUACGCGCUUCCAAAAUCGUCCAUGCCACCAACGGAUACACUGGGCAUUUGUUGCCUCAACUUCGGGGAAAGAUCUACCCUCUGCGUGGCACGAUGUCAACGCAGAAAUCUACGCCUGCCUUUGGCCACCACGGCCACGCCCUCUCUUGGAGUAUGAUUAAUAGCGGCCAUUUCGAUAGCACGACUGGCAUCGUAGAAGCAGGACUGUAUUACUCGAAUCAGAAUCCCCACACGAACGAUAUAUUCAUCGGCGGUGAGAAAACAAAGAUCGAUGAGCUGUUCAUCAGCGAUGACACCGAAGUAGGUGGCUCUUGCAUAGAAAAUAUAUCAGGGCUGCUCCCCCGAUUCUUCACCAAAGGCUGGAACGCCGACGAACAGCCCGAGGUGAUCAAAGUGUGGUCUGGCAUCAUGGGCUUCACCGCUGAUCAUCUGCCAUUGAUCGGACAAUUGCCAAAGAGCAUUACAAAUCGGGGUGAAGAAGGCAACGGCGGCGAAUAUAUUGCGGCUGGGUUCAAUGGCUACGGCAUGCCGCUGUGUUGGUCAUCUGGCGAAGCAGUCGCCAAGAUGCUUCUCGGUAUUGAUGUCAGUGACUUUUUGCCUGAGGUGUUUCUCGUGGACGAGCAACGGUUGCAGGAUCCUCAACGGAUGUCCACAAAGGCUGCUUUGACAAUUGCAUUCGGGAGGUAG